AUGUUCUACAGUUUGACCACUCCGCUCUUCUCCAUCAAGUUCCACAAUUUGACCAAUCCCUCCGUCUCCAUCAAGUUCUACAGUUUGACCACUCCGCCCGUCUCCAUCAAGUUCCACAAUUUGACCACUCCCUCCGUCUCCAUCAAGUUCUACAGUUUGACCACUCCACCCGUCUUCAUCAAGUUCUACAGUUUAACCACUCCGCACGUCUCCAUCAAGUUCUACAUCUCCAUCAAGUUCUACAGUUUGACCACCCCGCCCGUCUACAUCUUGUUCUACAGUUUGACCACUCCGUUCUUCUCCAUCAAGUUAUACAAUUUGACCACUCCGCCCAUCUCCAUCAAGUUCUACAGUUUGAACACACCACCCGUCUCCAUCAAGUUCUACAGUUUAACCACUCCGCCCGUCUUCAUCAACAAGUUCUACAGUUUGACCACUCCGCCCGUCUCUAUCAAGUUCUACAGUUUAACCACUCCACCCGUCUCCAUCAAGUUCUACAGUUUUACCACUCCGUCCGUCUCCAUCAAGUUCCACAAUUUGACCACUCCGCCCGUCUCCAUCAAGUUCUACAGUUUGACAACUCCGCCCGUCUCCAUCAUGUUCUACAGUUUGACCACUCCGCCCGUCUUCAUCAAGUUCUUUAGUUUGACCACUCCGUCCGUCUCUAUCAAGUUCCACAAUUUGAUCACUUUGUCCGUCUCCAUCAAGUUCUACAGUUUGACCACUCCGCCCAUCUCCAUCAAGUUCUACAAAUUGACCACUCCGUCCGUCUCCAUUAAGUUCCACAAUUUGACCACUCUGCCCGUCUCUAUCAAGUUCUACAGUUUGACCACUCCACCCGUCUCCAUCACGUUUUACACUGUCGAAGAAGUGAAAAUGUCUCUUGAUGAGAGAAGUAGUGCUGAAGAGACUCCAGGGGAAUACCUUUUACCACAGUCAGAGAAAACAUCUCAAGUAAGUGAUACAGAUGAUGAGUCAAGUGAUGGUCUUCCAAAUCACUUUCUUCAGAAAUGGAAGAAGCUGUAA